CGGGCUUUCAUGCUGCAUGCCUAAGAUGGAAGCAGCCACCGUGCACUGCACAGUGAAUGAAUGAAUGAGAGAAAGAUGAUGUGGGUGGUUACCUGCCCGGCCACUACCUCCGAGCGUAGUCAACCUUGGAUCCAUCAACACCUCCGCCAUCGAGCUCACUUGGCUUCUUCCCAUCACAACCCACCCCAUCUAGUCACAUACAUUGGCCAUCUCGUCUAAGUUAUCAUCCGCAAUUACGAGCAGCUCGUCUCCAUCAUGCCUCCUGCGCAGGACCGUAACCCCGCCUCAGACGACAUCGAACCCAACCAGAAGAGUCAAUCCAAGUGGCUUAAGGACUCCGGCUAUGGCAACCUCUGGAAGCUUGGGCUCUGUUACGGCAAGAAGAUUUAUGAUCAGGAAGACCUCGAAGAGACCAAGGAGAUCCUGAAAGCUUUGAGAGAUAUGGACCAGGAAGAUUGGGAAGAGAGACAGGCUGAGAAAAAGUAGCAUGACUCCACAAGAAGGUGGACUGCGAUUUGCUGUAGUGGAGUAUGUUCAGACGCCCUUCAUUCUUGGGGGUCAGUGUGGUGCGAGGAAUACUGAUGUGGUUGAUUUAGUACUGCUUGUCGACUCGCUAGAGGUUGUAUUCACUGAAGGCAGGAGUGACACGGGAAUAUGUUUAUGUAGAGUGAUGGGAAAUGUCUCUUUGCAUCAUGUCAAGCUGGUUGAUGG